AGAGAAAGAUAAAACCUUUCGGUAUAGAAAAAUCUUUUACAUACUUCUUUUGUUUGGAUUAUUUUCUUGCUGCAUUGGGUUUGGAAUGGAAGAUAUAAAAAUGGCUUCUUAAGAUUUUGUGUGGAGGAUCUGUCUUUUGAGUCUUGCUUCUAAUGUUGGUUUUAGCAAGAUUUCCUUAGUUCUGAGAUCUGGGUUCUACAGAUUUCUUAAGGUUUUUAUUUUUAAGGUUUUGGGUUCUGUUGUAUCUUCAGUUUGAACUAAAUCCUCUAGAAAGGUUUGGGAAGCUUCUUUUGUGUAUUAGUAUGAGGUUUUAGGUUCUGUAUUUUCAGUUUGAGCCAAAAGGAAUUUUGUGCAUUUUGAAGUUUUGGGAGACUUCAGCUGAAACCAAAUCCCACCACCAUAACGAAAAAAUGGCUCCAAGAUUGGAUUUUUCAGAAUGGUGGACAAAGGAUACAAGAAAGGGAACUCCAGUAAUUGUAACCAUGGAGAACCCAAACUACUCUAUACUUGAAAUCAAUGGUCCAGGCGCAGCAUUUCGACCAGUCGAUAAGGAUCGAGGGAAAAAUGCAAAACAAUUUACAUGGGUUUUACUACUCAAAGCUCAUAGAGCUGUCGGUUGUGUUACUUGGCUUGCAACUGUGUUAUGGACUUUACUUGGAGCCGUAAAAACAAGAUUGUUUUUUGGUCGAGGAGUAACCAUGGAGAGCGAUAAGUCAAGUAAAGAAAGAUUUUUAUUCAAAGUUAUUAGAGGUUUCUUAUUGAUCUCUUUGGCAAUUCUGGUUUUUGAAGUGGUUGCUCACUUGAAGGGUUGGCAUUAUUUUCAGAAUUCUCAUUUGCAUAUUCCGCAAACAUCUGAAAUUCGAGGAUGGCUUCAUAUGAUUUUCGUAGCUUGGUUAACGUUUCGAGCCGAUUAUAUUGCCCCAACAAUACAAGCUUUGUCCAAUUUUUGUGUUGCUCUUUUUAUAAUCCAGUCUAUUGAUAGGAUGGUCUUAUGUAUUGGUUGUUUUUGGAUCAAGUUGAAGAAGAUUAAGCCGACAAUUAUCGGAGAUCCAUUCAAGUCAGAGGAUUUGGAGGGAAACAAUUAUGAAUACCCCAUGGUUCUUGUUCAGAUUCCUAUGUGUAACGAAAAAGAGGUAUACGAGCAAUCUAUUUCUGCAGUUUGCCAGAUUGAUUGGCCAAAAGACCGUAUACUGAUUCAAGUACUAGAUGACUCUGAUGAUGAAAGCAUUCAGAAUUUAAUCAAAGCUGAGGUUUCUAGGUGGAGUCAACGGGGUAUCAACGUUAUUUAUCGACAUCGAUUGGUUAGAACGGGUUACAAAGCAGGGAAUCUCAAAUCUGCUAUGGGCUGUGAUUAUGUACGAGGGUAUGAGUUUGUCGCAAUAUUUGACGCAGAUUUUCAACCCAACUCUGACUAUCUUAAGAAAACUGUUCCUCAUUUUAAGGACAAUCCCGAACUAGGGUUGGUUCAAGCACGUUGGGCUUUUGUGAACAAGGACGAAAAUCUGUUGACUCGCCUGCAGAACAUUAAUCUUUGCUUCCAUUUUGAAGUAGAGCAACAAGUUAAUGGAGUCUUCUUGAACUUCUUUGGUUUUAAUGGAACUGCCGGUGUUUGGAGAAUCAAAGCUCUAGAAGAUUCCGGAGGCUGGCUCGAAAGGACUACAGUAGAAGAUAUGGAUAUAGCUGUCCGUGCUCAUCUUAAUGGCUGGAAAUUCAUUUACCUUAAUGAUGUUAAGGUGCUUUGCGAAGUUCCCGAAUCCUAUGAAGCUUAUAAAAAACAGCAACAUCGGUGGCAUUCUGGUCCAAUGCAGCUUUUCCGAUUGUGCCUUCCAUCUAUUAUACAUUCAAAGAUAACAAUAUGGAAGAAAGCAAAUUUGAUACUAUUAUUCUUUCUCUUAAGGAAAUUGAUCCUCCCAUUCUAUUCUUUCACAUUAUUUUGCAUAAUUCUUCCUUUAACCAUGUUUGUGCCAGAGGCUGAAUUACCUAUCUGGGUCAUCUGUUAUAUACCCGUUUUCAUGUCAUUUCUCAAUAUCCUCCCUACACCAAGAUCAUUCCCCUUCAUUGUUCCUUACCUCCUAUUUGAAAACACAAUGUCAGUUACCAAAUUCCAUGCCAUGGUAUCAGGAUUAUUCCAAUUGGGAAGCUCUUACGAAUGGGUCAUCACAAAAAAGACUGGUAGAGCUUCAGAAUCUGACUUGAUUGCCGCAGCUGAAAGAGAAUCAAAAACUUUGACACACCCACAAAUAUAUAGAGGAGCUUCUGAUAGUAAGCUAUCUGAAUUGAACAAAUUGAAAGAACAGCAGGAGGCUCCACAGCCGCCGCCACCGAAAAAAGUUAACAAAAUCUAUAGAAAAGAGCUCGCUCUAGCUUGUCUACUCCUCACUGCCGCAGUAAGAAGUCUGUUAUCAGCUCAAGGGGUUCAUUUCUACUUUUUACUCUUUCAAGGUGUAUCUUUUCUUCUUGUGGGUCUCGACCUAAUCGGCGAACAAAUGAGUUAAUAGUCCAAGCAGAAGCAUGGAAAGACAUAUUACUAUAUAAGAAAAGAUAAAAGAAAAGAAAAUACCGAAACCAUUUUACAGUCAAUCACUGCAUAUUCAGCAGCAAAGUUCAUAUUGCUCAUUCAACUGAAGUGAAUCAACCCGGUAAGGUGGAAGAGGACCUCAAGCUGAAUAAUAAGUUCUCUUUUUUCCCUCUAAUUUUAUUUUGAAAUGCUGGCUGCCGUAUAGAAUUUUUCAUUCCAUCUCUUACUCUCUCUUUGCCUUUGUGUAUCUGUUACAUAGUAGAUUUUUAUAAUUUCUUGAAAAAACCCCCUUGAAAUUUAAUGAUUGUUAUUAUAAUAUAAUAGUUAGGAGCAGUAAUAGUUAAUAUCCUUCUUUGGGAUGUGCAUGGUUUGCUGUCCAUCUUGUAAUCUUUCAAGAAACCAAAAUCUUGAAAAGAAAAAGUGUCUGUUAUUUGGUUUUUGGAUUUGAACCAAAUUUAUACUCGAGAGGAUUUGUAACGAUAGAUAUUUGUAUAUUUGUUCUCCAUUAAUUCAGUCAUAUACUUGUGUCCAAA